AUGUACAGCAGUUCUUCGAUCUUGCUGGUGACAAGCCUUGACGUGGCCUCAUUCCUUUAUUCAUCCACAUCUCACUCCUCGACCGAAAUCAAUCAUCUCUUUCUCUUCGAUCGACCAGCACAGUCGUUUCUUCCUAACACACUUUCUACAGCACCGAUUUCAACGUCGCCAGCGCCACGGCCGAUCGACGCCGAAGACAAACCUCCUUCUACAGAAUUCGACGUAAUAGCCACUUACAAUGACUUGAUUCGCAACGACCCGACCAUCACACCCCCGAUCGCGGCCAUCGAGUCGCUGAUCAACCUCCUGGCAUCCUCCCCCUUGACGACCAUCUCCGAGACGCUCGCCCUCCUAUCGACGCACAGCCGCAAACUGCUCGCCAGCCAGAGGAACCCGAUCCCGCUGUCGGCGGGGACGGACCUCUUCCAACGCUACCUGAUCAGUUCGUUCCAGCAGCGUCCGUCGUCGCUGACGAACUCGGACUUCUCCACCCUGAGGCACCACAUCAUCACGCAGUCCUCUCUGUUCGUCAAGAAUGCAGGCACCGCACGCUCGAAGAUCGCGCGGCACGCCCUCCCAUUCAUCAUCAAGAGGGACGCCAGCACCGGCACCAGCCACACCACGAUCGUCACGUUCGGGUGUUCGCGCGUCGUGCACGCCGUAUUGACGCACGCGGCCGAGCACUCGCCCUCGCAAUCCCGCUCGUUCGACGUGAUUUGCGUGACGCGCGCAGCCUCUUCUUCCCCCGUGUCGUCGUUAGAAGAGGCAUCACUCUCCAAGCUCGCAGCUCUCGGCAUCCCCACGGCCACGAUCCCGCUGCACGGCCUGCCGUACGCGCUGUCCUCGCUGUCGACACCGCCGCAAGUCCUACUGGGCGCGAGUGCCGUGCUCGAAAACGGCGCCAUCGUCUCCGACCUAGGAUCCCACGCCGUAGGGCUCAUCGCUCGGGCGUUCCACGUCCCGCUGCACGUGUGCGUCGAGUCGUAUAAAUUCGUGCGCAACUUCCCUCUGGGAUGUGGGCCGGGAGACUUGACGCGCAUGGGCGUGAGGCAGGACGUGGUGAAGUUCUCGGACCCGGCUUCGGACGCGGCGUCGGAUUUUGGUGACGGGGACGGCGUCCACGAGCGCAAGGGAGACGACUACUUCGCUUCCGAGGGCAAAUCUGCCAGUGCCAUUCCGGAGGUUGAGGAGAGAGAGAACACAGAGCGGGAACGGGAGCGGGAGCGAGCAGCACAGGACGAAGAUCCGAUGAUCGAAAUCACGCCCCCGGAAUUGAUUUCGGCGUUGAUCACCGAGAAUGGCAUCAUGACCACUAACGCCGUCAGCGAGGAGCUGAUCAAGUUGUGGUUCUAA